UUCAUUUCAAUUUGUUUUCUUUUUGAUACUUACAAAGUCUUACAUUUAAUCAACUACACCCGAAGUGUUUUAUUGUUUUGUUUCUUCCAUACGGAAACAUUUCCAUCAAUUAAAAUGGCAAAUCUAAUAAAAAACCAAGUUUUUAAACAUCUCGCCAAAUAUUUUAAAAAUUUGUCAACCGAUAGUUUUAAAUUAAGUGCAAUGAAAGGUUUCUGUGAAUUACAUAAUCUUGAAUUAAAUGAAGAGGUUCUAAUGGAUCUACUAGAACUACCCGUUUGGUUGAAUAUAACCAAGGCCACUUGUAGUCACGCAGCAAUUAAGAUUCCAUGGUCAAAAAUGCCCUGGGUCCCAAUUUGCUUGGGUUUGGAUGAGGUCAAUGUGGCUGUUGAAGUCUGUGAAAAUUUCCGUACCUUCAAGAAUCAAGCAGCUUCUAGUCAAAAUGCAUCUAAAUAUGGAAUCAUUUCGAGAACAAUUGACGGCAUUCGGAUCACAAUUAGUUCGGUUGUUGUCAAAUUUACCUCACCUUUUAUUCGUGCCUCUUUCCAACUGUCCCAAUUAGAGGUCGAAAGUCGCUCUCCCAAUUGGAAACCAGUACCCGAUCUUCGUUCGACCACUUUCAAGGAUAAAGAGAAAGGAUUAGUUUUAAACUUUAAGCACAUCGAAUGGCAAACAAUGAAAUUUGAGGCAAAGACUGAAUCAACUUCAUCUUCUGCUCCAUUGCGACUUAUCUGUCAAGGCUCAUGUCGCCUGAUGAUUAAGAAAAGAAUCUCUGAUUCUCAAGUAAUGGGAGCACGAAUUGUCCUAAUGUUCAAUGAUCUUCUCUGGGUUCUAACUGAUGCCAUGUUGGUUUCAGCUUUUCAUUUCACAACCUACAUAAAUGGACUGAUUAAAAGAUCACCAAUCACUAAGACAGUUAUCGAAGAGGCAACUCCAUCUUCUCUAUCAAAAUCAUCCAAAGUUAAAUUGGCGACAAAUAGUGCUGAUGUUAAAAAACACCUCGACGCCAGUAAAUUGUUUUCCUUUGAGACUUCGUAUCAUCUGGUAAUUAAUUGUCUCCAAGUUCAAUUAUGUGAUGAUCUUGAUCCUGAACAUGGACGAAGCUCAUUACCCUCGCUUACCGAAGGCGGUGCUCUUCAUGUUGUCGUAGAUAAAUUCAUUUUAGACAUUUAUCCUUAUCAAAAAGCUCUCGGAAGUCGUGACAAUUGGCUUAAAUAUGGAGAUCCAUCAGCUAACCGAGACUCUUGGAUGAAAGCUCAUCUAUUUGAAUUCGCCGAAAGUUUAUCCUGUGGACCACCUAAAGGAUCACCUAAUCAACGAUUAGCGGAUUUAUUUUCUUCUAUUAUUUUACUUCGUGUUGGCGAUUUUUCUGUUAAAUGUGUUUCAACUUCAACCUCUCGUCGUGGAGGAGGCAGAAAAUUUGGUGCUGAUUCAGAUGAACGUAAAUUAAUUUCUACGGGUAAAUUUCCUCGUGAUAUUCCGGCAUUUUAUUUGGAAUUUAAUCAAUUCUAUUAUUAUGAAUUUGGAUCUACCCGAGUUUCCCGAACUCGACCAGUACCAGAUCCAACUCUUUUUGCGAAUGUUGCUCCAGUAAAGAUUUUAUUUGAUACUCCGUCACUCAUUUGGUUUAAUGCCUUACAAAGUAAUCUACAUAAGCCUCUCUUAGAAUUGAAGCAAAUUAUACCUCGAAGUGAAUCUAAUGUGACCAUUUUCACUCGAUUGGAAGUACUGAUGCCAACGAUUAUCCUCGAUCUUGGUAAACCAUUACCAACAGAUUCUUUCACACCGGAUGCCUACAAUAUUGAAUCAAUAAAUUUAAAUUGUUCUCGAGUUGUGAUUACCAAUUCAAUUAAGGAAACAACUUAUCUUAAUCGAUUGAAUGAUUCAAUGGUUUCCAUGGGAAGCUGCAAAUUAUUUAUUGAAAGGGAAAAAUUCCCAUGGAUUAAGGGAGUUCAUUCAAAGCCAAUUUCUAAUGGAUUUUUACAAUUAAUGGGCUCUGAGAAUAUCAAAUAUCAUAAUCAAAUUUGGGUUGUUGAUUGUGAUCCAGUUUGGUGUGAUUUUGUUGAGAAAAAAUCUUCUGGACGAACGAGACCUUUAAUUGACCCUUUCCAAGUUACCAUAUGGUCAUACCUUUCCUCUGAUCUGUUUGAUGAUGAAACUGCCAAAAGAAAAUCAACUGACCAUGAGGUUGACCAGCAAAAUCCAGAGUCUGAUAUAAAUAUUGUCCUUUGUAUUCCCACAGCUCUCAAGAUUGUUUUAGAUCAUGAGGGUUACCUUUUCCUUUUACGAUGUUUGGAAAAAUUUGAACAAUUCAAUGACUACCUGACCAAUGAUUCUCGUAAAAUUGAGCAAUACCAUGGAAUUGAGUCUUCUGGUUCACCAAGACUCUCCUUGAUCUCAUUAAUUAAAAAUGUUGCAAUUGAAGUGAUUUUAGAUAAACAGGAAAAAGUUAAAAACAAUAAAUCCGGUUGUUCAUCGUCCAUGGGAAGUGAUCAUUCAUCACCAAUGAAGCAGAUUAAUCAAUCCUAUUCGGAUCAAAAUUUGGCUUCGUCGAAACAAUCAUCAGAUCGAUUAUCAAUUAUGGAGCUUUCUGAAGUGCCCCUUGAUCCAUCAGGAUUGAAUACUGAUCGAUCAAGUUCAGGUUAUCGAUCAUACUCCGUUCGAGAUUCUGAUUUAAGUAUAAAUGAGAGUAUCUCAGGUUUUGAAAUUUUAAAUGAUCUUUCCCCAAUCGAUGAUGAUGACCGCUCUAUCCGAAGUGACCUUUCAGAUGAUCAUAUUGCAAAUAACCUCGAUAGUAUUACGAUUGAUGACGAUGUUUACUUUACCUCUAAUGGUUCCCCUCGGAUAAUUGAAGAGGCAAUGGAAGCAACUGAAGCUAUUCUCAUCUCAGACUCGGAUAAUGUUAACCAACCAAAAAUCGAGAUACUUUCAUUGUCAUUGGUUAAAUUACAAUUGGAUAUCUGUGCAUUUGUCAAGCAAGCUCACGGUUUCCAAUCCUCUUUACUUGCUUUCAUUUCUGGAUUGGAUUUUAGUGAAUUUCAAAAGAUAUCCUAUGAAGAGUACAAAAGGUUGACCUCAAAUGUGAAAACCGACGAUGAAAAUGGUGACGGGAACAAUGAAACUGAAUCGGCUAUCGCUCAGUGUGGUGGUGGUGAUUCAUUUUCUCAGAAAGAUUCAUGUUUAUCCGUUCGCCUUGAUAGUAUUUUACAUCCUAGUCAAAAAAGUGAUUUAUGUUCUGUUAAUAUUGACCAUUUAAAACAAACAAUCAACAACGAGACGUUAUUACAAUUGUUAGAUUUUCUUACCGAUCCCGAUGCCACCCAAAUUUUACCAAUUCUCAUUUACCUUCAAGAUGUUGGAUUCAAAUUAGUUGAUUGUACUCUUAAAACGCCCCCGUUGACUGUUAAUCUAAAAGAAACUCUCGUUCAAAGAUCCAAAGAAAAUUGUAUCAAUAUUUUACCUUCCACCUCGAAUGGUUUUAAACAGCUAAUGAAAUUCCGUGAUAAUUUACUCAAUUCAAAGCCAUUCGAAAGUGAGAGGAGCGACUAUACCGAAAGCAAUUUACCCGAUGUGACAGAAAAUGACUCUUCAAUCAAUCAAAUAAUCGCCGAGAAUGAACGUUUGAAGAGGCAAAUUUCUGACCUGAAGCAACAAAAUCUCACGUUGAAUAAUAUUUUAAAGACUAAUAUGGAUAAAUGAUCAUCUUUAAUUGUUUCAUGUUAAUUAUGGAUUGUUGUUCCUUACUACAUAAGACUAUUGAAAUGAAGGAAAAGAUUUAAUUUUUUCCAUUAAAAUGAUUUUUGAUAUUUUUCUUUUUCUAUUAA